GGGGCGGUGGCACCAUCGGUGUGAGCUGUGCCGUGGCUGGAAGUUACUGUGCGGCGGCGGCGGCUCAGAAGGCGGCUGUAGCGGCGGCGGCGGCGGCGUGGGAGGCUGAGGCGACGACGGAGGAUACAGAAGAUGGCAGAUUUUUUGAAAGGAUUGCCUGUCUACAACAAAAGCAAUUUUAGUCGAUUUCAUGCUGACUCUGUGUGCAAAGCCUCGAACCGACGUCCCUCAGUCUACCUGCCCACACGGGAGUACCCGUCUGAACAGAUCAUCGUGACAGAAAAGACAAACAUCCUCCUACGCUAUCUACAUCAGCAAUGGGACAAAAAGAAUGCCGCCAAGAAGAGAGACCAGGAGCAAGUGGAGCUGGAAGGCGAGGGCUCGGCACCCCCCCGCAAGGUGGCACGGACCGACAGCCCAGACAUGCACGAGGACACUUAAGACUCACGCUCCCCCACAGGCGCCUCCUGUCUUGUCUGCUCCUCGAUCGCCUGCCCGCCGUGUGUAAGCGCCCCUGCCCACCUGCCCUCACCCUGCCGUCCGCACCACUCCCAACCUCAUAGGAGCUGAUGUAUUUAUUUUCCUGGAGUUUUUAUUUAUGCUGUAACAUGUAUCGAGUGUUGGUUAAAGGGGACAUCAGGCCCAGUAGUGUGAUGUUGGUAGAUGCUUUUUAAAAUAGCAUUGGCCCUCCUCCUCCCCUGUCCAGUUUCCCCCUUGUGCCCCCCCAGUUCUCCUCCAGAGGACCAGAGUGUAUCUGUGAGGGUCUGAGCCGGGGGCUCUGCUGCAGCCAGGCAGUGGGGGUGGGGCUGGGCCCAGGGUGGCCUGGCUCACCUGCCUGCCUGGAAGGCUGAGCAGCUACCCACUCCCACCCAUCUGCCCAAGUGUUUGAGACUCAGCCUUGUCUUGAGUUCCACUGGGAACUAUUCCAUGCCCAGACUUCACUCAGAGCGCACGCGGGGAUGCGGCCUUCCGGAUCUUUCUCUUAAGUCAUUUCAUCGUGAACUAGUGCGUGCUCCAUGUCCACCCCAAUAAAAGGUCUUUCCUACUCGA